GAAGAAACGACUCAUUCGGUUUUGGUUUCUCUGUGUAUGUGACUGGACUAGAGAAUUCAAAAGCCGUUGAUAUUGGUUUUCUGCUCAUUCGUUCAGUGUAUUAUUUUUCUUUUAAUUGGAUUGCGGCGAACGAAGCAUAGAUCGCGUACCACACACAAACGACUCGCACAAACACACGUAUAAAUGUGUCUCACAGCGAGCGACGUUAUUAAGAUAGAAGAACCGAGUGAGAAAAAAGCACGCUGCAUAAUAUAAACAAUCUUUUUUCUCAUUAUGUACUUUGAGCUACAUGUGCGCCAUAUCGUUUGUUUUUGUUGAACUGAAUAGCUGGUUCGGUGGUUGAAAUUGUUCUAUUUUCUGUGUUUCUUUUUGUAGUGCAAUCAUUUUAUCAUCGGCAAAUAUUUUCAACUAUUUAAACAUCAUUGAAUGUGUAAUAAGAUGCAGCUACAUUAAGAGGGAUUCUGAGUGGGAAAAAAGAAAAAAAAAUCGGCAUACAGUUGAAUCGGUUCAUAGUGUCCAUCAAAACGUGUUGUAAAUCUCGAAGGAGCAGCAAACAGGUGAACAUCAUCAUCAUCAUCAUCGUCGUUGUCGGUGUCGCUUUUUUUUGUCUCGGUUGAUCGAAAACGUGUGCGCGUCCACGCGCGACUCUGACAUUCGCACAUCACUUUUAGUUGUUCAUGUCGCUGUUGUUCAAAUGUAAAUCAAUUAGCCAUUCGAUGUAAUUGAUGGGUGCGUGCCUAACAUUGGAGCGCGAUGAAAUGAUCGCGCGUAAGCGUAGCGAAGAGAUCGACAAGCAACUAGAUGCAUUGGCUAAAGAACGACCCAGAGUACUUAAAAUACUUUUGCUCGGCGCUGGCGAAAGCGGCAAAAGUACAUGGGUCAAACAAAUGAAAAUCAUCCACACAGAUGGAUUUUCGCAAUCGGAAUUAUCGGCCUUUCGUCCGACCGUUUUGGAUAAUUUGCUUGCCUCCAUGAAAUAUGUAUUAACCGGCAUGGGAUUGUUACGCAUCAAUUUGGAGCACUCAUCGAAUAAGGUCUAUGCUGAAAUUGUACUUUCCAGCCCCAGUUGCUUUGACAUGGAAUUCAAAAUAAUCGAUCGUGUUCGGAGCGCACUGAAAGUACUAUGGAAAGAUCGCGGCAUUCGAUUAGCCGUUGCAAGAGGCUACGAUUACGAGCUCAAUGAUUCAGCACUUUACCUUUUCGAAAACAUGGACCGAAUUUGUGAUGAUAAUUACAUGCCAACACCAACCGAUGUUCUACGGGCACGCGUUCGUACCAAUGGCAUCAUCGAAACCAACUUUCGUGUCAACGACACAAUUAUCAGCAUGUACGAUGUUGGUGGUCAACGAUCUCAACGCCGAAAAUGGGUGUAUUGCUUCGAAGACGUGCGAGCAGUGCUGUUUGUGGUUGCGCUCAGCGGCUACGAUAUGACAUUGCUGGAAGACACAACGGUGAAUCGACUUGAAGAGAGUCUCAAUUUGUUUGAGCAAAUCGUGAAUAAUCGUUGGUUCAAAGAAGCCUCGUUCGUAUUGUUCCUCAAUAAAUUGGAUUUAUUCCGUGAAAAAAUCAUGUCGAGCAGUCGACAUCUACGAAAUUUCUUUCCGGACUAUACAGGUCCCGAUCGAAAUAUUGAUCAAGCUGCCUUAUUUAUCCAGAAAAAGUUUCUACAACGAAAUCAUAAUGCGCGUCGUGUGAUAUGCCCACAUUUUACCACAGCCACCGACACAGCCAAUGUGCAAACCGUAUUCCAGGUCGUCAUGGAAACUGUGAUCAAAGAAAAUUUGGGCAAUGUUACAUUACUCUGAUGCAACCACGUUUUAAGACAGACCAAGACAGACAGACAGACAGACAUACACACACACACACAAAGAGAGAGAGACAAACAAUAAGAAGCCAAUACGAUUAUUUAUAUAUAUUAUUUUAUUACAUUUUAUUGAGAGAGAAUACGGUUUAUGUAUAUUUUUUGAGAGAUUUACUAAAUUUAUCACAAGUGCAAAAUAUGAUUAACGUACAGAUUUAUUCCAUUUUGUUUGUCUUCUAGCAGAUUUUCAUAUGCUCUAUGAUAUUCUCAUUCAAUGUUGAAGGCACUCAUUGAGUUUCACUUGAGAAUUUUUUUUGCCGUAGCAAUAGUAAUUUUUCAUACAGUCUUGCUCUUGAUAAAGAAAAGAAAUUAAAAUUUUAUUUCUUAAAA